CGGUCCCCCAGCACACACUGGAACAGCCUCUCAGUUCCCGCUCAACCAGUGGUUCCGCUGUUCCCGACAGGACGUGAACGCAGCCUGUGGCCGGGGCGGGUAGGCGCUAACCGAGCAGUAUGGCGGACGAUGGAGACAGUUCGAGCGGACCAGUAGACACCAGCGGCGGCCAUGGUUCAGCGGACGAGUCGGACGGGCUCGGGCUCGGCGGGAUGCUGCUGAACGUCAGCAUUGUGGUGGCGGUGGUGGCGGUGUGUGUCGCGGUGUACCGGCGGUGGGGCAGGCGGCUCGUCUCCGACGCGGCCCUGGGCGACGAGGCCUCGGCGCUGCCUAAGAUGAGGAGACGGGACUUCACUCUGGAGCAGCUGCGGGAGUACGACGGGCUCCAGAACCCGCGCAUCCUCAUGGCCGUCAACAUGAAGGUCUUCGACGUCACCAGCGGGAAGAAGUUUUACGGUAAAGACGGUCCUUACGGUAUCUUUGCGGGUCGGGACGCGUCCAGAGGCCUCGCCACCUUCUGCCUGGAGAAGGAUGCCCUGAGGGACGAGUACGACGACCUGUCAGACCUCAACGCCGUCCAGAUGGAGAGCGUGAGGGAGUGGGAGAUGCAGUUUAUGGAAAAAUACGAUUACGUGGGGCGGUUGCUGAAGCCGGGCGACGAGCCGUCGGAGUACACGGACGAAGAGGACAUCAAGGACCACCUGAAGCACGACUGAGGUUCAUCACACCGACCAAAGCCAGGAGCCCCAAACAGCUGCGACAGACGGCCCCCGGCCCCCCACACCUCCUUCUGACACUCCUGUAACCUGCCCCGCCCCCCCCACUCCUCAACCUGUCCGCUGGCGUGGCGCCUCUGAAGGGCAGGACUCCCAGACCUCUGCCCCUCUUCCUCCCUCUUCAUCUUGUGACCAUGACCACCAACAGGAAGUCAGGGGGGAGGGGCUUGUGCCAUUAGACCAAUCUGAAAGUCACCCACCAAAUCUCUUACUCAUUUCUCUGGGGGGUGUCGGGGGGGACGUGUGGUGAUGGUGGGCGCCGCUGAGCACCGGGUGGAGGUUGGUCAGACGUAGGAACACGUUGGUGGAAGACGAUGGGACAGGAAGCAGAUUGUCUGUUUUAUCUUUGGUUUUGUCACAUGAUUGCAACUGAAACUGCUUCAGCUUAGGACGGCGCAUCAAUCAAUCAUUUCUCUUCUUCUUUCAAUACCCCCCCCCCCUCCCCUCCCCCUCCCUCCUCACCGAGAGGGCGGAGCUGCAGCCUCAGACGCAGCGCCGUGGAGACGGGCAGGGCCUUUUCCUGUUGUGUUUGUAGUGACAUCACUACUAGUUCUCUUUGUUUGUCACCAUGUGAUUGUAUCUGUGGAGUAGCAUAGAGGGGGAGGGGUGGGGGGAGGGGUCAAAGGUCCUCGCCAUAUGAAACCUGUUGAUGAAUGACAUCAUACGGACUGAACACAAAGGGAAGGUGACCAUAAGGCAGUCCCAAUCAAUCCACUCAUUUGUUUACACGCCUCCUGACAAGCGAAAUGCCCCCAAAAAAGGUCCAAGUAUUAAUCGUGCCUUAUUUAGUUUGUCGUGUCAGUGCUGAGCGUCAGAGAGGAGGUGGGCGGGGCGAAGGGAUGGAGGCGGCGCUCCCCCAGACUCACUUCACCACCUGUAAAUAUUCCGUAUGAAUUCUCAGUGUUACUGCCAUAUUUCUGUCGGUGAUGAACUCCAUCGUGUAACUGCAACGUCGUAUCGGCCAAAACCCCAAAAAUGGUUUGCGUUCUUUCUUUGGUUCUUUUUAAAUGUGGGUGAAUCUCCAAAAAAAAACAUAACAAAGAGGGCGGAGCUAAGAGCUGCAGGGCGGAGCUCAGAGCUGCAGGGCGGAGCUCAGAGCUGUAGGGCGGAGCUCAGAGCGGCAGGGCGGAGCUCAGAGCUGCAGGGCGGGACCGGGAGCUUAUCUGUAAAUAUAUCUAUCAUUUUAUUAAAGCAUGUGCAACAACAGUGAGCUAUGCCGACUCUCCACCACGUCAUGUAUUUAAAUGUUGGCUGUGUGUGUGUGUGUGUGUGUGUGUGUGUGUGUGUGUGUGUGACAGAGGCAGGAAGGGAUUUGUUCAUGCAUAAUAAAUCAAUUUGGUUAAUAACUGAA